AUGGUGGCGGGAACUUCCGUGGCAAUCGGUUGUGUCAAAUUUUAAUAUACUGUAUAUUGUUUAAGAUUAAGAAGACCGCUGCCAUUCUCGAGAGAAAACGAGGAACUUCUUUUCUCAUAUGUUAUUGACCAUGAAACCUAGACGCAUCCAAAGGUCUGCAAAGCCCCAUUUACAAGACCCCAAAGUUGUUGGUAAGGUGCACAAGUCAGCUUCGAAGAACCAAGCCAAACCAUGUGAAUCCUAUCCUGCACAAACUAAGCCUUUCAAUGGAAAAAUAUUCUACUUAGAUUUACCAUCUAACAGAAGAGCAGAGGCAUUAGAGAAUGACAUCAAAAGGUUGGGAGGGACUGUGGAGAAGUUCUUCAGUAAGGAGAUCAAGUACCUGGUAUCUAAUAAGAGGGAGGCUAGGUAUGUGCAGUGCCUUGGCUGUGAAUCCCCUGUCCCCAGUCCGGACUCUGGACCCAGCUCCCCCCACCCUCGUCCUGGCAGCUAUAGGGACUGUCACAAAGGAAGCUCUCAGGGCCAGGCAGAUACAGUAGUCACAAGCAGAGGGAAGUCUUUGUUGGAGAGAGUUGUAAAAGAACAGGAGAGGAUACAGGUCAACAAGAUCCUGUCCAAUGCUCUGGAGUGGGGAGUAAAAAUUCUCUACAUUGAUGAUGUACUAGCUUACAUCGAAAAGAAAAAGAAAGCUCCUUACGCUGCUGAAAACUCAACCACAACCACAGCGGCCGUCCAAAAAAGUGCCAAAGCUCAGCUUACAAGAAAACCAGCCUUCCAGAUGGGUAAAGGUGGAAGGAUCGGUAAGCCCUUUGUGAAGGUAGAGGACUCCAGCAGACAUUACCGUCCAAUCUACCUGGCCAUGUCGUGCAUGCCGGAAUUUAACCUGACAUCAGCUCCCCCCUGCAGUCCAUUCUUGGUAGAGGACAAGGACCACCCUGGGAAGAGACCUAAGGAGCACCGGAACCGAGGUGGGAGAGUGUCAGCCAGUGAGGAAAGGGGGCAGGCCCGAAACAGGAGGAACCGAGAGAAGAAACGCGGGGGCUACUGCGAGUGCUGCUCUCUCAAAUACGACAACAUAAAAUCUCACCUGCAAAGUGAGCAGCACAAAGCCUUCUCACGGAGUGAAGAGUACCUGGUGGUGGACAGGCUGGUCUCCACACUGCCCUUCAACUUCAGACCCAUCAAAACACCAUCAACCAGAAGGCCAAAGUGCAGUGUAUCGUCCAUGUUGUGUGCUGCUGGAUCCAGCAUACAGAUGGAGGAAGUGCAGGAGAAAAAGGGGGUGGAGGAAACCAAAGAGAUGGAGCUAGGACCGGUGUCCUGGUCUACUGCAGUGGAACCCCCACUGUCCCAAAAUGUGGGAGCCCCUGUGGGAAACCCCUCAGAACAGCACUGGAGGCCCAACAGUGUGGCGCCUCUUUGUAACAGCAGCCAGGGAACGCUGGGAGGCUCCAUGGUCCCAUACAAACCCCAGCCCCUCUCCUUCAAGACCCCCUGUCAGCUGGAAUCCAGGACUCACCAGGACCCACCCCCCUACAAGCACCUCCAGAGGGCCGUGUCUACCCAGUCUGAUACCAAGCCCCGACUCUGUCAUCCGGGCCAGAGAACUCUCCUAGACAGGCUUGGGAGCUCUUCGUUACACCACCGACAUGAAUCAGAUAGGUGCUUCACGUUACCCCCUGGAGAGGAUUUAGAAUGUGUCCGACCAAUAAAAGUCUCAUUGGGUCAUUCCCGUGCGGCUGUCUCAUCAGAGAACCCCAAGCCGGGAGCUUUAGAGGGGUGUGAACUGGGCUGUGAUGUGUCGGCUGGGGAUGCUUUUCCAGAGCACGGGGCUGGUGACCCACACACACCUGCUCCAGAGAGGACGUUACAGAGGAGGGUCAGGGAUUACAGACGGAAGAGGCGGAAAGUUGACCGGCCGCAGGCGGCGACUACAGAACCGGGACAACAAAGCAACAUUCCCAGCAGCGGUCUGUUGAGCCUCUGGCAGCUGUUCCACUCCAGUGAGGACACGGACUGGGAGUUCAAAGGAUUUCCCAGCUAGAGAGGGGAGCGAGGGCUGUGACCCGGAGUCCUCCCGGUGCGCGCUCUGCCUUGCUUGUGCCUCACUGGAUCAAUGUAUUAACCUGUGUGAUGCUGGAUGAGUUCCACAACAGUUAGUCUACAUGGAAGCUGGUCUAAGGUUGGGCUCUGUCUGGAUGUCCCUACCAAUCAUACCUUCCCUGUACCUAACUGGGGGCGGGGUUUGUAUUGCAGAGAGAAUCCUUUAUAUGUGCACUGUGUACACUGUAGCGUCUAGGCCUGUCCCACAUCUGUGGCUCUGGAUAGGGAGAGUUUUGUUCAGGUUGGGAAGGUGGUUUUAUCUGGGGGAAAAAGGCAGUAAUGGUUUUAUCUGGAAAACAGACUAAAAAGAAACUGAAACGGCGACUUCAGUAUUUUGGUGUCGAGAUCUGGAUAAUUCUGUUUUUAACUGGAUAACUGGUAUUUGGGACAACAAGUUGUCAAAAUGUCAUACCUUUCUCUGUGUGUUUAUUGUGUUGUACAAAUGUAAAAAAUGUAUAAAUAAUAAUGACUACA